AUGAAGAGUUUUCAAUUUUCGUUCAUUUUUUUGCUGUUUGUCUUCUUCAGUAGUCCUAAUGCACAACAAAUGGCAAGAGCAUUCACGGGGACUUAUGGAAUUAAUUACGGUAGAAUUGCAGAUAACAUCCCUUCACCUGAUGAAGUUGUGACAUUGCUUAGGGCUGCAAAGAUAAAGAAUGUAAGAAUUUACGAUGCAGAACACACUGUUCUCAAUGCCUUUAAAGGGACUGGGCUUGAGUUGGUGGUUGGACUUCCCAAUGGAUUAGUUAAAGAUAUGAGUACAAAUGCAGAUCAUGCUCUGACUUGGGUUAAAGAUAAUAUUAAGGCAUUCCUCCCUGAUACAAGCAUAGUUGGGAUUGCUGUGGGGAAUGAAGUUUUGGGAGGAAGUGAUAAUGAACUCGCAGUAGCUUUAUUGGGUGCCGUAAAAAAUAUUCACAAUGCCACGAAAGAGCUUGGGAUAGACAAGUCAGUUCAGAUUACUACUGCUCAUUCUCAGGCUGUUUUUGCAAAUUCAUUUCCUCCCUCUUCGUGUAUUUUCAAAGAUGGUGUUGCUCAACUGAUGAAGCCUCUUUUGGAGUUCUUUUCUCAAAUUCAGUCCCCUUUCUGUCUAAAUGCCUAUCCCUUUCUGGCUUACACAUAUAAUUCAGACAAAAUUGACAUAAAUUACGCCCUAUUUCAGAAAAAUGAGGGAAUAGACGAUGAGAAAACUGAUCUUCAUUAUGAUAACCUGCUCGAUGCUCAGAUUGAUGCGGCUUAUGCUGCUCUGGAGGAUGCUGGAUUUAAAAAGAUGGAAGUUAUUAUUACAGAGACAGGUUGGGCUUCUCAUGGGGACCAGAACGAACCUGCCGCUACACCAAACAAUGCAAGGACGUAUAAUUAUAAUUUGCGAAAAAGGCUGGCCAAGAGGAAAGGUACUCCACUGAGGCCAAAGAGGAUGUUGAAAGCCUAUAUAUUUGCAUUGUUUAAUGAGGAUUCAAAACCUGGUGCACUUUCUGAGAAAAACUUUGGACUGUUUAAAGCCGAUGGGAGUAUCUCCUAUGACAUUGGGUUUCCAGGACUUAAAUCAUCAUCUGCUCCAUCUUCUCUUUUGUCUUAUAAGGAAUUUCAAGCUGGAAUGAUGCUUGGACCCAUUUUAUCAGUAUUCGCAGUUUCAGCUUCAGUCUUACUUUUGCUUUUAAGAUUAUGA